AUGACUGAGACACACCAGAGCCGCGUCCCUCCCGCGGCGCUGGUGCGGGACUGGCUGCUGCACCUGCCCCGGCUGCUGCUGGCGCUGGUGCGGGGCGCGCUGCUGCAGCGCGAGGACUGUCUGUUCCUCAACGUGUUCGUCCCGGAGCCCGAGCCCCCCGGCGCUCAGCCCAACAGCACCGCGGUGUUGGUCUGGCUGCACGGCGGCGCCUUCCUCAUCGGCGACGGCUCUGCCGAGGAGUACGGCCCCGAGCUCUUCCUGGAGCAGGGCGUCAUCGUCGUCACGCUCAACUACCGCCUCGGCGUGCUCGGGUUCUUGUACGGCGGCCCAGACUCGGGGGCGCCAGGCAACAUGGGGCUCCGCGACCAGGCCCUCGCGCUGCGGUGGGUGCACGACAACGUGCUGGCAUUCGGCGGCGACCCGGCCAGGGUGACGCUCUGGGGGGAAAGCGCGGGGGCGGUGAGCGCACACCUGCACACCAUGGCGCCCGGACAAGACCUGUUCCAAAGGCUGAUCCUGAGCAGCGGCGUGGCUGGCCUGCCGUGGGCCAUCCAGGAACACCCCGCCGACGCGCUGCGGGCCCUGGCCGUCGCGCUCGGCUGGCCGCGCGGCCGGCAACCCGACCACCCCGCCGACCUCGUGCGCUUCUUGAAGAAGGUGCCAGUCGAGCACAUCGUGGCUGCCGGCAACGAGAUCAAGUCCAUCACGUUCCCAAGCUGUGGCUCCAAACAAGCUCACACCUCGGAUUGA